ACGUUUUUUGACUCAGUCAAUGGGACGAUAAGUUCACCUCUACUCUUUAUCGUGAUGGCCCCUCCAACACCAUCCUCCCACCGCCCCCGCAAGAAGAGAAAGGUUGCGCCCGGCUCCAACAAUAACCUGAUCUUGGAUCUAGGCGAUGGGAAGCAAUCCCCAGCAUUCCCCCUCGUCUCGUUUUUGUGGGCUGCUCGGGCUGGUGUUUCUCAAUGGCUGAUUCUUCCACUUGUCCUCAUGGCCGUCGGCCUGUUCCGAUGGGCUGUGAGCUUGUGGGGUUACUCUGGCUUUCAGGUUCCCCCAAUGCAUGGUGAUUUUGAAGCGCAACGGCAUUGGAUGGAAAUUACCACACAUCUGCCUUUGGCGAAGUGGUACAUAUACGAUCUGCAAUAUUGGGGUCUCGAUUAUCCACCACUGACCGCAUAUCACAGCUGGCUAUUCGGAAAAAUUGGCUCCGCCUUUGAUCCAACCUGGUUCGCCCUGGAUGCCUCCCGAGGUUUCGAGGACCCCCGUUUGAAAGUAUACAUGCGCGCUACUGUCAUGGUAUCCGAAUACUUCGUUUUCAUUCCGGCCGUGGUCAAUUUCCUCCGCCGCUACACUCGGAUGCAGGGUGUUCAUGCAUGGUCCGCCUCGAUUGCUCUCGUGGCAAUUCUCCUUCAGCCAGCGAAUAUCCUCAUCGAUCAUGGCCAUUUCCAAUAUAACACAGUCAUGCUUGGAUUGGUGGUUGCGAGCUUGGAUGCUAUCUUGGCGGGGCGUAUGCUUUGGGCUUGCAUUUUCUUCGUUGGUGCACUGGGAUUCAAACAAAUGGCAUUGUACUAUGCACCAGUCAUGUUCGCCUAUCUUCUCGGUGUCUGCACAUUCCCUCGGAUCAAUAUUCCUCGCCUUGUGAGCAUAGCCCUCAUCACAUUGGCUGCUUUUACUUUGCUUUUGGCCCCUCUCAUGGUUGGUGCCUCCAAUGCCGAUGCUCGAAAGGCAUUUGCAUCUUCUCCGGUGCCGCCUCUGUUACAGGUACUUCCUAUCCAGUUGGACAAGAAUUCCGUUACAUACGGGCUAUUGUUCCAAUUAACGCAGAUCAUUUAUCGGGUGUUCCCCUUUGCGCGUGGGCUCUUCGAAGACAAAGUUGCCAACGCUUGGUGCGCCAUUCACACUUUCUAUAAGCUCACCCGCUUUGAUGCUACGUUGUUGCAGCGCGCAUCACUUGGUGCCACAUUGGCGUCAAUUGUUGUUCCCUGUGCUAUCAUCUUCCGCCACCCCCGGGCCUCGCUUCUCCUUCCCGCUCUAUCUGCCGUCUCCUGGGGAUUCUUCUUGUUCUCCUUCCAGGUCCAUGAGAAGAGUGUGUUGCUGCCUUUGCUACCAAUGAGUCUCCUACUUGCUGGUAACGGUGGGCUGAGCAAAGAAACCCGAGCCUGGGUGGGCUGGGCCAACAUGCUUGGCUCGUGGACCAUGUACCCCCUUCUGAAGCGCGAUGAGCUCCGCGUUCCUUAUAUAGUUAUGACUUUGCUUUGGGCCUAUCUUCUCGGCUUGCCUCCUACUUCUUUCGAGACUUACCGAAGUCGCCCAUCCCCUGAAGACUCCAAUGCCUACUUGGAGCCCAGCACUCUCACAACUCUCCUACACUUUGGCUUCUAUUUGACCAUGAUUGCCUGGCAUAUGCUUGAGGCAUUCGUACCUCCGCCGCCCGGAAAGCCAGAUCUUUGGGUCGUUUUGAAUGCCCUGAUCGGAGCUGCUGGAUUUGGGAUUGCCUAUCUGUGGUGUAUGUGGAAACUAUACACCCAAUGUCGCCAGAUCAGUCGGCAGGCUACCGAGGAGGAAAGCCAGAAAAAGAAGCAGUGA